ACGACAUUUGUUAAAAUGGAUUUCACGUACUGCGAGUUCCCCAGCACCGUUUCCAUUGACACCUUCAAGGCCUACUUCAAUCUCACCGAUGUCAAGUUGCCCAAAGUCGGCGAUAAAUCAGUGGACACCAUCCAGAUCCCCAGCGAAGACCAGGAGGACCAGACCAAUCAAGCGAAAAGUCUGCGACAUCUUGUACUCGAUGCCAUCGUCGAGAAUUGGAGUGAGUUGCCGCUGUACCGGCAGCUGGGUCGUCGCGAGGACCGCAACUACCUCCUUAGCCAUCUGGACACGCAGCUGCCGCUGCAGCUGCUCAGCGCCCACAUCCGCGAGGACUUCUUCUGGCAGCGCUGCUACGGCCAGCGCUGGAGGAGCGCCCCACUUCAGGCGCGGGGCAGGGAGCGGCCCUGGAUCAACAUCUACAUGGAGCGACAUGUGCAGGAGUUUAUUGAAAACAUGCCGACGGGCGACUACGAGCAGGAGGGCAACGUUCAGGUCGUCCUGGACAUCUGUGCGGCGUACAUAAAUCAGUUGGAUAUAAGUUUCCUUCAGCCCGCCCCGCCCACAACCGACGCGAAUGAUCACAUUCCGCUUGAUUACCUACUGAGCAAUCUGCCGGAUUUACGCCAACUGCGACUGAGUUACAGCACCAAGACGGUGGGUUGCAAUUACCAAAUGGGCUGCAACCAACUGACUGUCAGGGAUAUUCUACACUUGACCAAGGGACUCAGUCAGUGCCACGAGUUGCGGAAGUUCUGCCUGCACAACACGAAGUUAAUGCCAUAUCAGUUACGAUUCCUGGCUCACAGCUUGGAUAAAGGAUGUCACCAUCUGACCGAGAUGUCCUUGCUGCACUGUGCAGUGGGGGAUGCGGGAAUCCGCUGCUUCUUGGAGACGUGCGGCAAGGAGUCCUUCGGCACUCUUACCGUCCUCGAUCUGACCAACAACAAGAUCACUGAGGAAGGGGCUUACAUUCUUAGUCGCACCCUGCGGCACGUUCCACUCAAGAAACUGGUGCUUCGGCUAAAUCCCAUCCAAAGUGACGGAGCUGCCGCCAUCUUCAACACCCUUCAGGUCAUGCCCAUCAAGGAGCUGGACCUGGGAACUUGUGGUAUUACAGAAACGAUUACCAAACUGUUCAUGAUGCUGAUCUGCCAACACACAACCCUGCUGGAAAUAGAUCUGUCGAAUAAUUCUUUGGGAGAGGACUUUGGCAAACACUUGAUCAAGAUAAUUGGCUGCAACAAGGUUCUUGAGAGGUUGGACCUUCGGAAUACAGGUCUAUCGCUAGAUAUGCGCAGGAAAUUUCAAGAUUUCAUGGUUAAAAAUGUGGAUCGCAAAAAGCACGAGGCCUUGAAGCAGAAGCAACGAGAUAAGUUUAAGGCCAUGAUGCAGCUAUAAAUACUAUUAAAUAUCAGUCGAAAGUCUAUAUAUAUUAUAAU